AGGAUAUAGGGAAUGGUGGGUCUGGGGGGAGGGUGACAGUGAAUGCGGGGUCCCUAUAGUGAUCGAAUUGGGGACAUGCGGGGUCCGGGGGUACAUAGUGAGGAUAUAGUGAAUGCGGGGUCGGGGGACGAGAGCGGAUAUAGUGAAUGCGGGGUCGGGGGGGGACGGAUAUAGUGAAUGCGGGGUCCGGGGGGGGACGGAUAUAGUGAAUGCGGGGUCCGGGGAGAGCGGAUACAGUGAAUGCGGGGUCCGGGGAGAGCGGGGAUAUAGUGAAUGCGGGGGUCCGGGGAGAGCGGAUACAGUGAAUGCGGGGUCCGGGGGG